CUCCUGCUUCCGGGCGGUUCGGCGGUCGCAGGUGGUUACUUCGCGGUUCACGAUCCUCGCGCCCCCGCGUCCGUCCUGAGACCCGGGCCCGAAGGGCUGCCUGGGCCUCGUGUCAGGGUCCUGCCUGCGACCGGCGGGGAGCCGGGGGUGGCCCUGCCGCCGGCUGUCCGCGCAUCUUCUCCGGGGCCGUGAGCCAUGUCCGCACAGCGCCCGGUGGGGGAGGAGCCCGAGCAGCCCGAGGCCGAGGCGGAGAUGGCGGCCGCCCAGGUGAGGGAACUGUUGACCUUUGGGGAUGUGGCCGUCAGGUUCUCCCAGGAGGAGUGGGAAUGCCUGGCACCUGCCCAGCGGGCCUUGUACAGGAGCGUGAUGCAGGAGAACUACAGCAACCUGGUCUCUGUGGCACUUUUUUCUCAUUACAAAAAAGGCUUGUCACCCCAGCAUGCCAUAGGAGACCGAAGAAUGCUCCUGGGAAGAUCUGGGAGUUGUGACCCUGGGGACUCACACCUGAGGACACACACGGAUGGUGAGGCUGAGCGUGGAGGGCAGGACGGCUGUCACGGAGGAGUGCAGAGCCACGGGAGGAGCCCCCAGGACAAGCCCCUCCCUGUCUGUGGGGACCCGCAGCCUGGGGUGACUGGGGACACAACCCAGUUCAAGUCACUUACUGUUGCAAAAAACAGUGUUACUAUGAAUAAAUGCCAUCAUCCAGUUUUCAAACAUAACUUUUCUCCAAAGGAGAUUUUGGAAAAUCUCAAACUUGAGGGAGGCCAUGGUACAAAUUAUAGUUUCAAUCCUUCAAAAUACAGCAAUGCAUUAGAUUCACAGUCAUGUAAUGCUGAAGACCGAAGAUGUAAUGAAGAAAAAAUAGGUAAAUAUAUCGAAUUUGAAAAGGUCUUGACCAAGGAAUCAUUAUUCUUCCAUGCACAAGUAAUUCCCACUCAUGCUCAAGGCUACAGUUUUGAUAACCAUCAGAGAGACUCUCUCCACCCAUCAUUAUUUAAUCAAUGUGAAUGUGUAGACAAUGAGGAGGAAUCUUGCAUAUAUAAUCAAAGAGACCAGGCCUUUAGGAAGAGCUCUUCUAUAUUAAAUGAUAGUGAAGGUAGUUACAUUCAAGAGAGAACACAUCAAUCUACAAAACCUGGAACAAACAGUAACAAAGGAUCAAUCCACGGAGAACAUCAGAGAGCUCAGAUUCCAGUAAGCCAUGACCCAUGUAACAAAUGUGGGCAAGUCUUCAAGGAAAGGUCCAGUUUUAUUAUGCAUCAGUGUACCUACAUUGGAGAGAAAUCUUACAAAGAGUGUGGGAAAACUUUUAAAGAUUUCUCAAAAAUGAUUAAACAUGAGAGAAUUCACACUGGUCAGAAAAGUUGCAAGUGCAAAGAAUGUGACAAAGUCUUGAGUCAGUCUUCUCAUUUAAAAAGUCAUGGGAAGAUCCAUACUAAAGAGCAAUCAUACAAAUGUAAAGAAUGCAGCAAAUCCUUCACUCGUUUCUCAUAUCUUUCUUUGCAUGAGAGAAUUCAUACAGGAGAGAAGCCUUACAAGUGUAAAGAAUGUGGCAAAGCCUUUACUUUCUCCUCAAGUUGUUCUGUGCAUCAUAGAAGUCAUACUGGAGAGAGGCCUUACAAGUGUAAAGAAUGCGGAAAAGCCUUUAUGCGGGCCUCACACGUUAAUCGACAUCAGAUAAUUCAUUCAGGACAGAAACCUUACAAAUGUAAGGAAUGUAGCAAAUCCUUUGCUAGUUUCUCAUAUCUUUGCUUGCAUGAGAAAACUCAUACAGGAGAGAAGCCUUACAAGUGUAAAGAAUGUGGCAAAGGCUUUACUUUAUUCUCAAGUUUUUCUGUGCAUGAGAGAAUUCAUACUGGAGAGAGGCCUUACAAGUGUAAAGAAUGUGGAAAAACCUUUAAGCGGGCCUCACACCUUACUCAACAUCGGAUAAGUCAUUCAGGACAGAAACCUUACAGAUGUAAAGAAUGCAGCAAAUCCUUCAGUUAUUUAUCCUAUCUUUCUUUACAUGAGAGAGUUCAUACAGGAGCAAAGCCUUACAAGUGUGAAGAAUGUGGCAAAGCCUUUACAUUCUCCUCAAGUUUUUCUCUGCAUUAUAGAGUUCAUACUGGAGAGAGGCCUUACAAGUGUAAAGAAUGUGGAAAAGGCUUUAUGCGGGACUCACACCUUAAUAGACAUCAGACAAGUCAUUCUGGACAGAAACCUUACAAAUGUAAAGAAUGCAGCAAAUCCUUCACUCGUUUCUCAUAUCUUUGCUUGCAUGAGAAAAUUCAUACAGGAGAGAAGCCUUACAAGUGUGAAGUAUGUGGCAAAGCCUUUACUUUCCCCUCAAGUCUUUAUGUGCAUUGUAGAGUUCAUACAGGAGAGAAACCUUACAAGUGUAAAGAAUGCAACAGCUGCUUUGCUUCUUCCUCAAGUCUUAUUGUGCACCAGAGAACUCAUACUGGAGAGAGGCCUUACAAGUGUACAGAAUGUGGAAAAGCCUUUAAGCGGGACUCACACCUUAAUCGACAUCAGAGAAUUCAUUCUGUAUAGAAACCUUACAAAUGAACAGAAUGCAGUAAAUCCUUUCCUUAUUCCUCACGUCUUACUGUGCACCAUAGAAUUCACACAGGAAAGGAACCUUACAAGUGUAAUGAAUGUAGCAAAGCCUUUCAACAGCGCUCAUGACUUAUUUAGCAUCAGAAAAUUCUCUGUGGACAGAAACCUUACAGAUGUCGAGAAUGCGGCAAGUCCUUUAUUUUUUCCUCAAGACUUGAUGUGCAUUUGAGAGUGCAUACUGGAGAGAAGUCGUACAAGUGUAAGGAAGGAGGCAAAACCUUUAAGUAAGGCAUACAGUAUAGUCAACAUGACAGUAUUCAUUGUAGACAGCAACCUUACGGAUGCAAAGAAUGCAGCAAAUCUUUUACUAGUUCUUCAAGUCUUAAUGGGCAAGAAUCCUUAUAAGGGUAAAGAAUGUGGAAAUGCCUUUAGGGAUUGACUAUGAGUAAACACAAGAAAAUCCAUACUGGAGUGAAAUCUGACAAGUGCAAAGAAUGUGACAAAACAUUUACCCCAUACUCAGUCCUUACACAAUAUCAGGCAAUUCAUUCUUGACAGAAAUCUUACAAAUGUAAUGAGUGCAGCAAAUCCUUCAAUAGUCCUUCAAAUUGUAAUGCCCACCAGAAAAUUGAUACAAGAGUAAAACCUUAAAAUUGUAAAGAAUGCGGCAAAGCCUUUAAGCAGUGCUCACACCUUAAAAAGAUGACAGUUGCCAUAAACAAAUGAUAGGUACAAAACGGGGGGAAUACUUGAGUGAAAAUCUAAAUUCACCAGAAAAGAUUUACAUAAAGCAGUAAGAUGCCAAAUAUUUUCAGAGGUUAUUGUAAACAGUGUGCUUGUUACAUAAAUGAUCCCAAUUAAAAGCGAUCAGAUACUUGA